AUGACUUCGGAAGGCCAUUGUGUUUUUGCGCUGGUCUACGUGGACGAUGUCUUGGUGACUGGAAGCUCGCUCGAGAUGAUUGCGCACACCAAGAAAGACCUCAAGACACGCUUCGAGAUGACUGAUAGCGGCAAGUGUGCCUUUGUUCUUGGGAUCGAGUUAUUGGACGGUGAAGAUGGCAGCGUGACUAUGUGUCAGCGCCGUUAUGACGACGAUGUCCUCAAGCGCUUUGGAAUGGAUGAGUGCAAGGCUGUGGCAAGUCCGGUGGACGUCAGCUCUCGACUGGUUCCGAGCAACUCUGCAAGCAAGGUGGAUGUCCCAUUCCGUGAAGCAGUGGGUGCUUUGAUGCAUCUGACGACUGCAACGCGACCGGACAUCGCCUAUGCUGUAAGCUUUGUGUCACGGUUCAUGGAGAAACCCCAAGAAGAACACUGGGUUGCAGUCAAGCGCAUCUUCCGCUACCUACAAGGCACCAAGAUGCAUGGAAUCUGCUACAAGCCAAGUGCGAAGAUCGACUUUCGAGGCUAUUCAGAUGCAGACUGGGCCGGUGACCUUGCUGAUCGCAAAUCGACGUCCGGCUACGUCUUCAUGCUAUUGGGUGCUCCGGUGAGUUGGGGCAGCAAGAAACAGCCAAGUGUGUCACUGUCUACAAGCGAAGCGGAGUACAUCGCGCUCAGCCUGGCGAUCCAAGAAGGCAAGUGGAUCAAUCGCUUGCUGUGCGAGAUCAUGGCGGCUGCAAACGAAGAAGGACCCGAGCUCGUCAUCCGUGAAGACAACCAGUCGUGCAUCAAGAUGACGAAGAAUCCGGUCAACCACGGCCGCGCUAAACACAUCGACAUCAAGUACCAUCACAUCCGUGAUGAAGUCAAGCACGGCGAAGUGAAGCUUGAAUACUGCGAGACGACGUUGAUGUUGGCGGACAUCAUGACGAAGGGACUUCACGGACCGCGUCACAAGGACUUGACGGCGGCGCUUGGCAUCCGUGCGUGUUCGGAUUGA